CAUUAGAUUAAAUUUCUUAGCUCUGAGCUCUCAAAAUUUCGCUUAAAUUUGGGAAAUUUCGUUAGAUGCAGAUUGGCUCGGCCAUUUCGGCUCCGACACGGUCAUUUUUCCCUGCGGGGUGUGUCGGAGCCGGCCAAAUUUCCAGUCUCAACCCUCAGCGAAGGCAUCGAAACACCGUGAGGUCGUUGCCAAAGCAUGCACCUACCUGCCGUAAUCUUGUUGGGAAUUUGCCGGAAACCAGGCCUCGUGAUGCCGUUCGAGAGCACUUGAGAAACUUGGAUAGGAUUCUAGCGAGAGAGGAUCAAGCGGGAUUGGAGAGAGAGAGUUUUGUGGAAAAGUGUCCCGAAAAUUAUGAGAAUUCAGGCAGAAUCAAGGAGUCGAGGAAGGCGAACGUGAACCCACUUUUGCGACUAUCUCUCGUGCAGAGGUUCCUCAAUGAAAGGCUCUCGAUCAUGUCUCCGAGGUGGGGUUCGGGUGAGAAAUCACCGGAAAAUGAGACUGGUUUCACUGAAUUCAGGCAAGAAACUGAGGCGGAGAGUCAGGUGGCUCAUAUCUGGGGCAAGCUCUUGAAUCCAGCAAACUCGCCUCGCAAUAAACUCGGCGAGAAAUGGCUUGAAUACCACGGAAAAAAUAACUGGGCCGGCCUACUCGACCCUCUCGACGAGAAUCUACGCCGAGAAAUCGUCAGGUAUGGCGAUUUUGUGCAGGCCGCAUACGAGCACUUCUACUCGGACUCGAUGACGAGCCGCGAGCCAACCACGCCUAGCCAUGUGGCAGUGCCCGACAGAUCAUACAGGGUCACCAAGAGCUUGUAUGCCACAUCAUCACUAGGUGUGCCUGACUGGUUCAAUAAUGUGGUGCCCGAUUGGAUGACCCGGCGGUCUAGCUGGAUCGGCUACAUUGCUGUGUGUGAUGAUGAGAGGGAGAUUGCAAGGCUCGGCCGCCGAGAUAUCGUUGUGGCAUUGCGAGGCACUGCCACAUGCAUGGAGUGGGCUGAGAAUUUCAGGGAUAUUUUAGUAAAUUUGCCAACCGGGGAUGGAGAGGACGGCAACAACAACAACAACAAUAACAACAACAGCAAUAAUGCUGCAAAGGUGGAGUGUGGCUUUUGGAGCCUUUACAAGACACACGGCAAACACAUCCCUAGCCUCUCUGAGGAGGUGGUGGCAGAGGUGUCGAGGCUGGUGCGCGAAUACAAGGGCCAAGGCCCGCUAAGCAUCACAAUCACCGGCCACAGCCUAGGCGGGGCCCUCGCGCUUCUAGCAGCAGAUGAGAUCGGAGCCCGCCUCGGGCCACAGGAGGCCCCACCAAUUGCAGUUUUCUCUUUCGGAGGGCCCCGUGUGGGUAACAAUGCCUUCGGAGCCAAGCUAGAGGGCAACGGGAUCAAGGUUUUGCGCGUUGUGAACUCGAGGGAUGUCGUCCCUCAGAUGCCCGGGGUCCUGAUGAACGAGGGGCUCAGAGCUAGUGUUCACGCCGCAUUGCCGAUUGCCGACGGGCCACUGCAGGAGUGGACAUACUCACAUGUCGGGUGCGAGCUCCGAUUGGACAGUCGACAAUCCCCAUACCUCCGGCCGGAUGCCGAUGUGGCGGCAUGCCAUGACCUGGAGGCCUACCUUCACCUAGUGGAUGGAUUCUUGGCCUCCAAUUGCCCCUUCAGGGCAAGUGCCAAGAGAUGGGUGCAAAAGCUAAGGGACCAGAGCUCCAAUGCCAAGAGACUGUGCAAGAGCAAGGCCUUGAGGGUGACCCUAGAGAACAUGGAGUCCACCCCUAUAUGCUUGGCUAGCCCAUCUUGAGCCACCUUGGAGAAUACAUAGUUUUCAAAUUAUGAGAUUAUAUGCAAUGAGACUACUUACCUAUUGAACAAAGAAUUCAUAAUUAUUUAUAAC